GUGAAUGGUGUUGACGCCUCUCUCUCUCCACCACUCUGGUCUCUCUAAAGCUGAAACGUCAUGACGUCAGUGGCGUAGUUGACCGUCACAGUUCAGCAACAUGGCGGCGCACGGGCUCUCUCUAUCAUUGACCAGGCUGCAGUUUGCUGUAAAGUAUGCCUCAUUCCAGUCCAGAUGCCGUGCAGCGCACAGCAACGCUCAAUAUUCCACCAUUUACAAUCCCAGUGAAAAGACUUUUGAUAAGAUCCUUAUUGCCAACAGAGGAGAGAUUGCUUGCAGGGUGAUCAAGACGUGUCGGAAGAUGGGCAUCCAGACUGUAGCUGUUCACAGUGAUGUAGACUCCAGUGCUGUUCAUGUAAAGAUGGCUGAUGAGGCAGUGUGUGUUGGCCCCGCCCCCACCAGUAAGAGCUACCUGAACAUGGACGCCAUCAUGGAUGCCAUCAGAGCGACUGGAGCACAAGCUGUUCAUCCUGGCUAUGGGUUUCUCUCUGAAAACAAAGAGUUUGCAAAGCGACUGGCGGCAGAGGGCUUGACAUUCAUUGGCCCAGACACCCAUGCUAUCCAGGCAAUGGGGGAUAAAAUUGAGAGCAAGCUGAUCGCUAAGGCUGCUAAGGUCAACACUAUCCCAGGAUUUGAUGGAGUUGUCAAGACUGCUGAGGAAGCUGUGAAGAUCGCACAGGACAUUGGCUACCCAGUGAUGAUCAAAGCAUCUGCAGGGGGAGGAGGGAAAGGAAUGAGGAUUUCUUGGAAUGAUGAUGAAACAAGGGAAGGAUUCCGGUUCUCGUCCCAGGAGGCAGCAUCCAGCUUUGGAGAUGACAGGCUGCUCAUUGAGAAGUACAUAGACAACCCCAGACACAUAGAGAUACAGGUGCUGGCUGAUAAACAUGGUAAUGCUCUGUGGCUGAAUGAGAGGGAGUGCUCUAUCCAGAGGAGGAACCAGAAGGUAGUGGAAGAAGCUCCCAGUACUUUCCUGGACCCAGUGACAAGGCAGGCAAUGGGUGAGCAGGCAGUGCAGCUGGCCAAAGCUGUACAGUACUCCUCUGCUGGCACCGUUGAGUUCCUGGUGGAUUCUAAGAAGAACUUUUACUUCCUGGAGAUGAACACAAGACUGCAGGUGGAACAUCCAAUUACAGAGUGUAUUACUGGCCUGGACCUGGUGGAGCAGAUGAUCAGGGUUGCCAAGGGUUACCAACUGCAGCACAAACAGGAAGAUAUCCCAAUAAACGGCUGGGCCAUUGAGAGCCGCGUCUACGCUGAGGAUCCUUACAAGUCUUUUGGUCUUCCCUCCAUUGGGCGGCUGUCUCAAUACCAAGAGCCACUCAACCUCAGCAAUGUCCGUGUAGACAGCGGCAUCCAGGAGGGAAGUGACAUCAGCAUCUACUAUGAUCCCAUGAUCUCUAAGUUGGUUACCUAUGGAACUACACGAGCUGAAGCUCUUGCCAGGAUGGAGGACGCUCUGGAUAGCUAUGUAAUCAGAGGUGUGACCCACAACAUUCCCCUCCUGCGGGAAAUCAUCACCCACCCUCGCUUUAUCUCUGGUGACAUCAGCACCAACUUCCUGCCGGAGGUCUACCCCGAUGGCUUCAAGGGUCACCAGCUGGAGGUGGACAAACGCAGGGAGCUGUUGGCCUCAGCAGCAGCGCUCUAUAUCACUGCUCAGCUCCGUUCACAGAAAGUCCUGGGAAACCCGAGGAUGUCCUCCACCCCUGUGGAAUGUAGCCACUGGGAGCUGUGUGUGGAGCUGGUGGAGGGAUGCCAUUCUGUGGAGGUUACCAAAUCAGGAAAUGUUUAUACUGUGGAGGUGGAUGGAGGAAAGGUAGAAGUCAGUGGACAGUGGAACCUGGCCUCCCCACUGCUGCCUCUCACCAUCAAUGGCACACACAGGAUGUUACAGUGUCUGUCCAGAGAUGCUUCAGGAAAGAUUGUCCUGCAGUACCUGGGCACAUCGUUUAAGGUUCGCGUUCUGUCCAAGUUGGCUGCAGAGUUGAACUCCUACAUGCCAGAGAAAGUUCCAGAAGACACCAGCAGCAUCUUGCGUUCACCGAUGCCAGGCACAGUGGUGGCUGUGUCCGUCAAGCCUGGAGAUACGGUUGCAGAGGGUCAGGAAAUCUGUGUGAUUGAAGCCAUGAAGAUGCAGAACAGUUUGACUGCUGUCAAGCAAGCUAAGGUUAAGAGUGUCCACUGUAAGCCAGGGGAGACGGUGGGAGAGGGAGACCUGCUGGUAGAGCUCGAAUAAAACACAACCUUUUACCUUUUGAUGUGUGACAUCAGCACCGGGAUGAGCCUUACUCCUCUCUGUGUCCAUAGAGGAAGAUCCACAUUGGCAAACAGACUGGAAAAUAACAGAUGCUUGCUUUAUCUUGCCAGUGGUCAGUCUUCUCAGUGGCCCCCCAGCAGAGUUUAGUUUCCCUGAUGGUGACUCAGCUGAGCUGUAUCAGCAGUGUUGCAGUGUCUUCUCCACAUAUCGGACUCCUUCAUGUUGCUUAGUUGGAUGCAACUGUCUUUAAAAAAACCUCUUGUGAAUCUUUCCAUUCUGCUUCUGUUUUGUGUGUUUUCUAGACCUGAUUGUUAGUUUUUGUUAACUGGUCAGUCACCCAAAUUACAAAAAAUUAUUUUCUCAAUUUACCCCUAUGCUGUCUGGCCUUGCAGGUAGUUUUGGUUUCUGUGCCAAGGUUUUGAGAUGUUUAUACAGGAAAUGUCUGCUGCCACUCCACUACAAUGGAAGGAUAUGGACCUGGUUGAUAAGCUAAGUUUUUCAAAUGUCAUUUUCUGUGAUUUGAGCACCAAAAACAGUUCCAUUCACCUCUAUUGUAUUGGAGUGGAGACAGAAAUCUCAUUGGAGAAAACCAAAACAAUGCGCAUAGCUCGAUACUACUCAAGGUAAGUAGGAAAAAUGUCUGUUGUAAUUGAAUUAAACUGACACUUUAUAAGACACUACAUACAACCAAUAAAGUGCUCCUUCUUUUCCACAUACAGUAA